AGCACACAGCACAAAACUACCUGGUCGAUCUUUAACUUCAUGGGCAAUCAUUCUGUCGCUGGCAAACACAUCAUUUCAGAGAGGUCAUGGACUCUAUGCUGACUUGUGUCCGCGUUCAAUUUUGCAUGACAUUCUAUCGCUAGAACCAUGGCGAGUACCAAGGCGGCACUCAAAGCCGCAAAAGCCGCAAUAGAUGCUAAAGACUGGGAUACUGCAAUUGCACAAGCUCAGACGGUCCUGGCAUCAGACCCCAAAAAUUAUUUCGCGAAGCUAUUCCUUGGGCGUGCGUACGACAAACAAGGCAAGGUUGCGGAGUCCGCAAAGGCUUACGAGGACGCCACGGAGCUCCAACCCAACGAUGAGCGGGCAUGGAUAGGCCUACAAAGCUUGUACGAAAGCCAAGGAGGGCCAGGAAUCGAUGGUUACAUAUGGGCCUCUUGGAACCUGGCCAAGGUGUACGCUGCGCAGGACAAUAAGCACAAGUGCCAAUCCGUCGUGGACAAGCUUGUCGGAGUGGGCAAAAACAGGGGAACAAGGGCGCAGUACAAGAAAGCACUCGCCAUUCAGUUGCCCACGGGACCAAUUUACAAUUUCCUUGAAGGACGGCUUCCACAUCCUUCGCAUACGUACAUGAGACUUGCAGAAGUGACCGAGGCCGAAGAGAAGGCGAUAGAGAAGAGUGAGGUGGAGACCAGAAGGACGAGGAUUGGAGCGAGAAAGGAGCAGGUCAUUGCAGAAGUCAAAAGAGAGAUCUACGCUCAGAGUGACCUGGAAGAGCUGUAUCAAGGAGUGAUCGAUUGGACCGAGGAUGACGGAACAAGGCGCAAAUACGAAGAGAAGUUGCUCCAGCGAGCAUACGAUACGCUUCUCGUGCUACCGGAGGACCAAAAGCCGAAGAAGAGAGAGGAAGUGCUCAAACAGGCGCACGGAAUGGUCAUCAUCAAACACGCGUGCCUUCUUGCGUGGAAUAUUGAGCUGGAAUGGACAGACGUUGAGAAUAUAAGCGAAAUGGAUUCGAGCACAUUAUACGAAUACACAAACUUUUUCCCGGAGAGUGGACUUUCGAAGGUGCUCAAGGGCUAUCUCAAUAGUUCGAUCUCGCCCUUUCCGAACCCACCCGCUCAACAGCAAGUCGCAGAAACCGGCACUGACGACGACGACGACACUGGAGGUGGUGUAUCGCUAAUGCCAACGGGAGCAGAAGAAGUUCUGCUCUCCAUGGCUGAUGGACUAGCUGAAGCAAAGAAUUCAGCUCUAGCUCAUCGCCUAGUUGGCCAGUAUUACAACCAUCUUGAGGAGUACGAGACCUCUGUCGAUACACUUCGCGCAGGAUUAAAAGUUCUUGCAAACGAAAGCAAGAAGUCAGGUCUGAAACUGCAAAACAACGCUGAUGCCAUGAACACUAUGCUGGCCACUGCUUUGGUGCAUCACCAGAGUCCACGAUUCCAUAGCGAAGCACGAGCACUUUUUGAAGAUAUCCUGGCCCGUAAACCAUUUUUUACAGAAGCACUUAUAGGUGUUGGCCUUGUUCUCGAAGAGGAUGAAGAGUAUGCAGAAGCUAUUGAGUAUUUGUCAAGAGCUUUGGAACGUGAUUCAACCAAUGCCCGAGUUGGCGCAGAGCUUGCUUGGUGCAGAGCAUUAAACGGCGACACUGAAAUGGGUCUCGCAGAACUUAAAGCAUGUCUAGCAAUGAUGAAACCGGACGCUAAAGAUAUGCGUGCAGAAACACUGUACCGUAUCGGCAAGUGUGAGUGGGAUCUUGACCCUUCAAGAGCAAGUCGUAAGGACCGCAAAGGACCCUAUGCUCAAUUUCUCGCAUCUAUCAAAGCAAAUGUCAAUUAUGCGCCCUCCUAUACUAUGUUAGGUAUUUACUACUCGGAUUACGCCCGCGACCGCAAACGUGCGCGGCAAUGCUUCCAAAAAGCAUUUGAGCUAUCAGCCUCGGAAAUCGUUGCUGCUGAACGUCUCGCCCGUUCUUUUGCUGACCAAGGAGAUUGGGACAUCGUUGCACUGAUCGCUCAGCGUGUCAUUGACUCGGGGAAGACGAGGCCACCACCAGGUUCGAAGAAGAAAGGAAUCAGCUGGCCAUAUUCGGCUCUUGGUGUUGUCCAGAUGAACAGAUUGGAGUACCAAGCAGCCAUUGUUUCCUUCCUAGCAGCGCUCCGUAUUGAUCCAACAGCUUAUCAUGGGUAUGUCGGGCUAGGAGAGAGUUAUCACAAUAGUGGGCGAUAUAACUCUGCCGCAAGGACAUUUGAGUAUGCUGAGAAAUUGUUGGCGGAUUCUGGGGCAGCAAGCAAGAGCGAGGAGAAGUGGUUCACAGGGUACAUGCUGGCGAAUGUAAAUCGGGAAUUGGGUGCUUAUGACAAGGCAAUCGAGGGAUACAAGGAUGUUCUCGACGCUAGAAAGCGAGAAUUUGGCGUGGAGAUUGCACUACUGCAAACCUACUUGGAAAGAGCAUGGAGAAAUAUCGAGACUGGAUACUUUGGUGGCGCUAUUGACAGCACGGAAUUAGCACUGAAAGUUGCAGCUGGAAUUGCAGAGUACAUGCCUAACGCUUUUAACCUAUGGAAAGCAAUUGCGGAUGCGUGUGCGGUGUUCUCCGUUGUACAGACGGGGUUGGACAGGAUGCCCAAAGAGGAAGUACGGAAAUUGCUGGUGAAGAGCUUUGAGAAGGAUAAAUACAACUUUUUUGCCGAAAACGAUGGAGUGAAUCUUGACUUACUAGACAGUAUUGGAAAGAACGACGAGCACGCAGACUCAACUACCUCGAAUAUGUCGUAUUGCUUAACGGCAUCUAUACUGGCUCAGAAACGUGCUAUAAUGUGCUGUGCACAUGACCAACAUGCGCAGGCCGUCUCGUGGUACAACUUGGGCUGGGCAGAGUUCCGAGCACACGCCUGCCUCGACGAGCCAACGCAAUUGAAGACAACAAAAUCACGUAGCAAAUACCUAAAGGCUUCGAUGCGUUGCUUCAAGCGUGCCAUAGAACUUGAAGCUGGUAACUCUGAAUUCUGGAACGCCCUUGGUGUGGUUACGACGAAGCUCAACCCGAAGGUUGCACAGCAUUCCUUCGUUCGCAGCUUGCAUCUCAAUGAGCGUAACGUAAAGGCCUGGACAAACUUAGGCGUUCUCUACUUCCUCCAAAACGAUUUCGAGCUCGCCCAUACAGCGUUUGCACGUGCUCAGAGUACAGACCCCGACUAUGCGCAUGCUUGGGUUGGCGAAGGUUUAGUAGCGCUCAUAUGGGGAAAGGUGCAUGAAGCCUUGUUGCAUUUCAAGCAUGCGUUCGAGAUAUCUGAUUCUGGGCUUGUAAUCGUGAAGAAGGAAUUUGCAGCACAUACAUUCGAUCAGUUGAUGACUGAGCCAGAACGUCUAAGAGGUGAUACGCUUCAAAUGAUUCAGCCACUAUUUGCACUUCAACAGCUAAGUGUGUUGAAUGUGGGAAAUCAGCCUUAUGAGCUCCUGUCUGCAUUAUACAACGAGAGAGUGGGGAGGCAUGUUCCGGCGAUUGAUACGUUGACACAAUUGUGUGAGAAGUUGGAAGCUGAAUAUGAGCGGACGGAAUCGCCAUCUACAUUGGCGAGAUUCGCCCAGGCAAAAGUGGAUCUUGCUAGGAAUCACCUCGCGGCUCAUGAUUAUGAACGUUCUUCAGAAGAGGCGAAUCUUGCUCUUGCUUUGACAUCUGAAGAUGACACAGUGUCGCCAGAAAUGCUAGGGAAGAUCCACUUAUCAGCUCAGCUUACGCUCGGACUUGCUUCAUAUUAUCUCAAAGAUAUGGAUACCGCUUUAGAAGCGUUUCGGAAAGCCCUUCAGAAUAGUAAAGCGGAGCCCGAUGUUGUUUGCAUGCUUGCCGAGGUCCUCUGGGCGCGUGGUGGGGACAACGAGCGUUCCGUUGCUAAGGAACAGCUUUUCGACACGAUCGAACGGCAGCCAGGUCACGUCAAUUCAGUAAUACUAUUAGGUGCAAUGUCGGCUGUCGAGGAGGACAUGGAUACAAUCAAUGCUGCUCGCGAAGAGCUAGAGACGCUUCGCGUAACGGAAGGACUUAGUCAACAUGAUCUUACACGUAUAGAGCGCGUUCUCGAAGCCAUGGCUCAGAUAUGCCCCAAACACCAUGGCAAUUCUGAGCUCGAAAUGUUAAAUGAGUGUCAAGAAAUGAUUAUGCUGUAUCCAUGGAAAGCAACGGGGUGGAGAAGAUUGGCUCUCGAAAGCGAGGAUGCUUACGCAAAGGAAAUGGCUCUUGCAGUAGCUUCAAACAAUGUACCGCCGAAAGGCCCCUUGACUUCCGAGGAACUAUGUGAAGCUUCUGCACAGGCAGGCACGUUGGGAGAUGCCCAGAGGGCCAUCUUUAUGGCUCCUUGGAAAAGAGAAGGCUGGGAGGCUUUGCUUGACGGCAUAAACGUAGAAUCGUAGAUUACGUAAGACAGGAAUCUAGCUUGAUAAGUUAUAUUUCGACCCUAGAUGAAAUGCAACAUUCAAUAUCA